UGUUGUUCUCAGAGUUCGUUGGACGUUGGGAUAAUCCUUUCUGUGUUUUCCCCUUUCCAACAGCCGCAAGAUCCGGUGAAGUAGUUUAAGUGACGGCCUAGAAUUCGGCUGCCAUUUCCAGAUCUCGUCAGCCGCCGAAAACAGUUGACGGAUUGCCUCCUGCACACCGUACUCUGUUCUUGUUGAGAUCCCGAGUCGCUACAGAAAGUAGCUGCCGUCGUCUGGGGGAAAGCGGAGUGGCGGUUCAGGGCAGACAGAUUUGAAGAAGUAAUUUAGGAGUAGCCCUGGUUAAUAUUAAUGUUGUAAUUAAUAAUCGAACAUGUUUCAAGUGUUCAAAAUCUGUCAGAUCUACUUACGAAAUAAAGGGAUUGUGUGCUUUUAAAAAAAAUAAUAAUAAGGGACGCGGUGGCUCAGUGGCUAAGACGCUUGUCGAUCAGAAGGUCGGCACUUCAGCGGUUCGAAUCCCUAGCACCGCCUAACGGGGUGAACUCUUCGGCUAAGUAACGGAGAUGAGAACCGCCCCUAGAGCCGGAAAACGACGUGUGCUGUGGGACCUUUUAUAUGCUUCAUGGUUAUGGAUGGUCAUAGAGAAAAACUCUGGAAUCGCUAGUAGGUCGAAAACAACUCUGAUCACAUAUAAUCAAAUGCUAUUUAUUCUUGGUCGGGUUGGCCACAAAUUCAAAGUUAAUUUGAAAAAGGGUGUUUAUAUAUAUACACACACACACAUAUAUGAAGAAGAAAAGAAAAACAAUAGGACAGGAACUUUGUGCUCUUAUGCUAUUAUGGUAGACUUUUAUUUGCUCUUAUGCUAUUAUGGUAGACUCUUAUGGUAGACUUUUCCAUGCCUGGCUGUUCUCCAGUUCUAUAGUAAUGCAAUUGGGCCAAUGAUCUGGAGGGCAAAAUGUUGGGACAGGCUGUUCUAUACAUUCCUAACUCAGCUGUUAACAAAAAUCUGACCACUAUGCUCAUUUUUCAUUUUGCUUUUUUUCUGGUUUUUUUUUAAAUGUUACAAGCAAGUUAGGAAAUUAUCUUGGGGUAGCAUCACUCUUUUUUUGGGUAUUUGUAUCACUUUGAUACAGAAGCACACUUGGAUGAAAAAGAAAUAUGGCAUUUCUACAUUCUUUUUCUUACAUAGCUUGUUUAAAAGAUGUUGGAAUUAUAAUGUUGCAUUACAUGAUCCUAUUUUCCUAAACUUUUGUUUCUGAUCUAAUUCUGGUCUGUCCCUUAAGUUAAAAUUGGGUAAGGUGAUGGGAAUUAGGAUCCCUAGGAAAUAGCUUGAUGUACAUGACGUGAAUCUUAAGGUAAAUGUGAAGAAGCUCCUUACUACAAAGCCAUCAGAAGUGAUUGCUCUUUUCAGAGAAGACAGGUCUUAUUAAAACCCACAUUUAUAGUCUUACAACAAAUGAAUGCAUUGAUUAGCCAGUACAAUCAAUCAAUGAAUGUCUUUUGCCCUUAAUCCCUUGUGGCUGAGCUGAGUUGUAAAUUUGUUGCCUUAGCAGCAUUAAAGCAAGCAAAUUUAUUGUCCUUUCUCUUGGGCAUUGAACUUCAAGAAGGUUGUUGAGACUUUGGAAAGAAUGUUGAGAAAAGCUAUGUGGCUGGAUAUUAUUUACUCUUUCUGUAUUUUUAAAUGGAAUUGCACUCAUUCCUGAAUAAAUAGACAUCAGGCAUCUGUCUGUCUGUCUGUUAUCUAUCUAUCUGUCUAUCUAUCUAUCUGUCUAUCUAUCUAUCUAUCUAUCUAUCUAUCUAUCUAUCUAUCUAUCUAUCUAUCUUGUAUAGAUUUGUGCUGAACUGUAUUAGGGUUUCAAUAUUCUGAUAGCCUGUGUCCAAUUGGAGAGACCUUUCAAAAACUCUUAAUAGUUUCUCAGGUUAAGAAAGAUAUGCAUCUGAUACUGCACAUAUCUAAAUGUUCCCAUUUUGUCCCUGACACAGCAUUCUCUAAUAAUGGUGCUCAUACCACCAGCUGAAGAAAGCAAUGUAACAGUAGUGGUCCGAGUGCAGCCACAGACUCCACGAGAGCAAGUAGGAAACUGGCAAAGAUCAGUGCAGGUGCUCAGUAACAUGCUAGUGUUUGACCCUGAAGAAUCAAACCUCCUGGGCUUCCAAAUUCAUGAGUCUGUCUCCCAGAAGAAGACAUUUGCAGAAAUGGCUACUCGAGCAGAAGUCUUUGAGAACACAACUAAAGAGAUCCUGAAUGGUGUGCUGAGUAGCCAUAAUUGUUCUGUAUUUGCAUAUGGAAAACAUACCAUGCUGGGAUCAGAGAAGGAAUCUGGUAUCAUCUACCUCACCAUGAAGGAGCUGUAUAAGAAAAUAGUGGUUAAAAAGAAAGAGAAACUCUGUGAGGUGCUCAUCUCCUAUCAAGAGGUAUAUAAUGAGCAGAAUGGUAUUUUGGAAUCAAAGAGUCCACUGGCUAUUUGGGAAGAUCCAGAGAAAGGUAUCUUGGUCUUUCAGCUCAUAAGGUGACCAAAAUCUGCUAUGCAGGUUCUAGAGAUGCUGAAGCAAGGAAAUCUGAACUGUACACAGCACCCAGACAUUAAUGCCACUUCUUCAUGAUCUCAUGCAAUCUUCCAGAUCUGCGUGAAGCAGCAAAACCUUGUGGUGGGCAUACAUCAGGAUCAACUAGUGGCAAAAAUGAGCCUGGUUGAUUUGGCUGGCUCUGAACAUGCCUCUGCUGUCAACACCAAAGGAGAACGACUCUAUGAGGGUGCCAACAUCAAUCGAUCCCUAUUAGCUCUUAUCAAUGUUACAAAUAUCCUGGCAGAUGCCAAGAAUCAAAAAAUCCACAUUCUAUACUGGGACAGCAAGCUAAUGCACCUACUAAGGGAUUCUAUUGGUGGAAAACUGUUAGACCUUCAUGAUUGCAGCUAUUAGCCCCCCAUACUUUCCUAUGAGGACACAUACAACACCCUCAAAUAUGCAACCCGGGCUAAAGAAAUUAAACUUUUAAUAGAGAGCUUUCCAGAAGGCUCUGAUAGUGAAACAGAAGCCAGGGGGCACCGCACAUGUCAAUCUGGAGUCCAUUCCUCAGCUGCAGAGGGCUUUCCGGAAGGCUAUGAUGGCGAAAUGGAGGUCAGGGGCAACGUGUUCAAGCAGCAGCAAGCAGCCGCAGAAGUGGGUCUGCAGCAGACUCCUGCUGGGCGGGGCUAUCGCUGUGAGAUAAAACCUAACAUGGGAAGCCUGAAUUAUUUUAGUAGCAAAUAUGCAGCUGUUUGUGAGCAACUAAAGGCAGAAUUUGGAAAUAGGUCAGAAGAUACUACUUUGGAUUAUGGAGUGUCGCAAAAGGAUGAUUGCACAAAAAUGGGACCUUCCCAAAUUUUGAGACAAAAUUGCUCAAGAAAAAUCCUCAUGAAGGAGGAUUCAAGAAGAAAAUUUGAGUGCUGUUGCCCAAAGUUUUCAAAUCAAAUUAAACAUCAGGAAAAAGUGGAAACUCAGUUGCAGAGCAUGGACAAGCAACAGUUAAAGAGGCUUGUUACAGCUACUCUGCUGGUAGCCAAGAGACAGUAUAAUUGGUUGAAAGUCACCAACCUACUUACUCCUGAAAUGAUAGCACAGUUUGAAGAGCUGACUUCCAUACUACAUCAAGAGUCCCAUGGAGCCCUAAACCUUUCAGUUUUGGAUGGUCAUGAUGAAGAACCAGAUGUGCAACAAUUUAUGAAUCAUGAUGAUUCUUUGGCUAUCCUCCCUGCCAAUCUUUCUGCAACCAAGCAUGCCAGUCCUAAAGUCAAUCCUAGAAUUCAACCUACUGAACCAGAACCUGCGCUGAUUCCACAUGCUGUCUUGAAGAUGCCCCACUACACAACAAAUAAGAGGAAGAAGGUAUCGCAGUUUGAAAGAAGUGUUUCAUCUAGCCAAAGGGAGCAUGCAAAACAGUUGGAGAGUUGCAUGCCCUCAACCAUUCAGAAUUGUUCUCCUCCACAAAGCUUGAACAUAACUUUUGAACUCUUUGAGGAAUCCUGGCCCCCAGUCUUGAAGGUCAAUACUGUGGAAUGCCCUGGUUGGGAAAGUCUCCAGCAUGAUUUCAACCAUCAGGGCAUGCCGCUUAUAUCCAGGAUCCAUUGAAAGGAUCAACAGAUCCAGAACAAACUGGCCUUCGUGCCUAUGUCUACAAUAUGUUUGGCUUCCAAAACAUCGUUACAGAAGAGAAG